GGCAGCCUCCAGGGGGCGGGCCCCCAGCAUCUUGGGGGGGGCAGAAAGGGGGUUAACCCUCAACUCCCAGUGCAGGCCAGAAGAGAUCAGGUUGACCCCCAGCACCCAGAGGAGGACAGGAGAUGUGGGGUUAACCCCCAGCACCCAGUGGGAGACAGACAGGGGGUUAACCCCCAGCACCCAGAGGAGGACAAGAGAUGUGGGGUUAACCCCCAGCACCCAGUGGAGAGCAAAAGAUGUGGGAUUAACCCCCAGCACCCAGUGGGAAACAGACAGGGGGUUAACUCCCAGCACCCAGUGGAGAACAAAAGAUGUGGGGUUAACCCCCAGCACCCAGUGGGAGACAGACAGGGGAUUGACCCCCAGCACCCAGUGGAGGACAAAAGAUCUGGGGUUAACCCCCAGCACCCAGUGGGAGACAGACAGGGGGUUAACCCCUAGCACCCAGUGGAGAACAAGAGACGUGGGGUUAACCCCCAGUACCCAGAGAGGGGUAGAAAGGGAGCCAACCCCAAGCACUCAGUGGAGGAUAAAAGAUAUGGGUUUAAAGCCCAGCACGCAAUGGGAGACUGACAGGGGAUUAAACCCCAGCACCCAGUGGAAGACAACAGAUGGAAGUUUAACACCCAGCACCCAGUGGGGGACAGCAGCAACAGGAAUAGGGGGAUUAAUCCACAGGAUCCCAUGGAGAGCAGGGAGACAAGGGGGGUUAACAUCUACUAAUCAGUUGGCAAGGUCACCACUCAAGCAGGGGGCAGUAGGAAAAGGCAAAGGUUUGGAAUUCUAUCUUUCAUGGUUCCUGUACUUGGCCACACUGGUGCUGUUGAUGAUUUUCCUGGGAAUCCUGUGGGCGAAGAUGAUUGGGCCAAACUGGCUUCUGGGGACAGAAGAGAACAUUCAACAGUUAACUGUGGAUUGUGAGGCAAGGACAGAUGAUUUCUGUCAAGCUAAACAGAAGGAGCUUGUAAUGGCCGUGCUGUAUGAAUUGUAUAACUACCUGGCAAUACAAGCUGGUAGUUUUGAGUGUGGAAACCCUGAGAAGCUAAAAAGUAAAUGCAUUCUGGUUAGCGAAGCAAAGAAUUAUGUGGCGAAUGUAACGGGCAGUUCCCCAGAGAAGUUAGAAGAUGCCAUGCAAUGGAUAUUGGACAGUGACAAUGAUUUGGGGAUAUGGUUAAAAGGGGAAGACCCUUUGGAACCAGUUACCAGGAUAGACCAGGUGGUAUGCCUCGAAUCCACCCGUCCUCGGAUGGGGUUAGGCUGCCGUUUCCGCCGGGCACUAAUCACUGCCAUGAUGAACCUUUUCAUCUUCUUUUGGAAGGUCUCAUGGUGGGGGUUGGAAUCUAUGCUGAAAUAUGGCUGGGGGAAGAAGGAAGAAGAGGAGCAGGCCAUGUAUGAAAUGGUGAAGAAAAUCAUCGCUGUUGUCCAGGAUCACUACAAAGAGUGGGAACAAAGGUUGGAGCGAUACCCAUACGUAGGCAUCCUUCAUGUUCGAGACACCCUCAUCCCCCCCCAGAGCAGGAAAAAAAUGAAGCGGGUCUGGGACAGAGCUGUGGACUUCCUGGCUUCGAAUGAAUCACGGAUUCAGACGGAGUCACACCGGAUAGCAGGGGAGGAUAUGCUGGUGUGGAGAUGGACUCAGCCCUCUUACGUCUCCGAUUCAGAGCACUAACCAGGAGCAAAGGAGGAGCUGAUGGUUCAGUCUGUGCCAAGGGACAAUUCUCUUUGGAUGUGAGGAGGGGUGGACAGGAGUUCUAACUUUCUCAGUUGAGAAUCUCCUUUACUCCCUGGCCAUCUAUUUCUGAGAGACACUUAACAGAUUUUUUUUAGGGCAAUAAUCUUGGAUUGUGAAAAGCGGGACGUGAGCUAGAGGAGAAGCCAGAAGCAUACCAAAGCUAGCUGUCCAGUGAGUGUUUGAACUCCAUAAGUAAACAAACACAUAAUCACUCUUCAAUACCUAAAAGAAAGGGACAAGGGAACUCUUUGCCCAAGGGCUAGGAUGUUUAAGACUGACCUUUACUAUGGGAAGACCAAUAAGUGGUCUUACCCAUCGGCAAAUGUUUUUUAAAAGAAUUUCCCAUGGAAACAUCAGGAAUGGGAGUUAGGAACCAUUCAUUUUAAAAUGCUUUUUAGCUCACUAGCAUACCAAGAAUCAAACACUUAACCUGACGCUUCACAGAGGAGAUCUCUGGGUGUGUUUGUUUUAUGUGGGUGGGACUGAGAGAGGAUUGGGUCACGUGCCUUGAGAGAUUUGGGGUAUGAAGGGCUGGAGGCGAGGAGGUGAUCUCCUAUGCUUUGUAUGUCUGCUUUCACUGUGCUUUGUUAAAUACUGGGAAUGGUGGGGCAGGUGGAAAAUGACAGAAUAUAGGCGUUUAUAAGGAGCAUGCUCUUAGGGCUGCAUCCGAAAAUAACCACUCCAUUGUACAAAUAAAAAAAACCUGGGAAUGAA